AUGAUAUCUUGGGCUCGUCCAAUAUCAUGCUGUCGCGAUCCUCACACGACGAACUCCCUCGACAACUUCCCAUCCGUCCCGUCACAGCCUCCAUAUGCUUCUGCAGACCAUCUCAAACUAACACUGAGCUUGUUCCCUAGUUCACUGAUACCCACAUUCAACAACCAGAUCACACAAUGCCUCCUCCUCGCAAGGGUGGAGGGAGGCCCCCCGGCCGGCGAUGGCAAAAGGCCUCGCAAGGAAAAGCGACAGCUCGUUCGCUGGGACCAGGAACUCGACACCCUCCUCCUUCUCACCGUGCAGUCGGCAUGCAACUUGACCGGAGUCAAAGUUCCCUGGGAGAAAGUUGCUGAGCUUAUGGGUCCCAAGUUCACCGAAGGAGCCAUUGUGCAGCAUCUCUCCAAGCUACGCAUCCGUCGUGAAGGUGCCGGCCAGCGCGUUCCCCCACCCCUUCGUCGCUCUGUUACUGCUGCUGCCGCCGCUUCUGGUGGUGGGAAAGGAAGUCUCAAGUCGGUAAAUAAUUCGCGCAAGCGUAAGAGCCGUUCUGAUGUGGUGGACGAUGAUUUCUCGGAUGGCCUGGACGCCCAGGAAGAGGAUAAAUCGGAUCCAGAGUACAUCCAGAACAAGAAAAAGCAUAAGUCCAAACGCUUUUCGUUCUCCACCUCCAAGAAGUCAAACAAGAUCAUGGAAGACGACGAUGACGACGAUGACACUCUGAUGUGCGGCGGGGCCCCAUUCCUUCAACACGCCGAUGCCGACCUUGAGUCCGAGCAGUACGAAAGCGAUGAUGACGAUGAAGAUGCCGAACAUGACGACGAUUACGACUCUGAUUCCUACAGAGCGGCCAAGCUCAAGCUUGAGGAGGCUAGCCCGACUCCCCGCCAAUCCCGAGUUGUCAAGCUGCCCAUCAGCCUGGGAAACCGAGGCCAGGGUGCCAUGAAGUCAAUCCUAGGCCAGGCCAAUGCGACUGCACCACCUCUGGCAAUGGGAAGACCUCAUAACCAGAACUUCUACACCAACGACCCGGCUAUGAUGAACAACAAUCCUAGCUCAAUGUUCGUGCCUCAAGGUCCCUGGAAUCCCGGUCAAAUGCCAACCAGCCAGGCUCCCGAGAACAUGUAUCAGUCCGCACCUAUGCAGCCCGCACAUGUGUUCUGGCCCCAGCCAACUCCCGUCGUCAACAAUCAAAUGCUUCAUCCAGGUGAAUUCGUCUGGUCCCAUCAUGCACCCGCCUUUGCUACUAGACAAGGGGGCACUUUGGCAGUCUCUGGCCUUCCAGCCUCGACCUGGGAUUCGAGCUCGGCCACUGUUGAAGCACCCUCCGCCCCAUCAAUGGGCAUGAACCCAAGCGACUGGUUUAUGUCGAACCCCUUUGGCCAGGAUGACGAUGAGGAAGGCCAAGGUGAUUUCAAGAAGCUGGAGGGCGGCGAGGAGUAUUAA